AUGUAUGUGCACACUCAGUUUCGGCAAAUAGAUAGAAAGUACCAAAUCAACAACUGCCUACUCGGCACGUUGAGUUCUCUAUGUGCAAAGGUGGGCGGUUGGUUUGCCUCGAAUUCGGUCUUCGCAGCGCUGCCCCUCGUAAUCGACAAGUUGGCAGAGGGCGCGGGGACUGCAAGCAUCGUGAAUGCCAGUACGCAGAUGGGCGCUGCCCGACCCACGGUCACAAGUCGGUCUAUGCACCUGAAAGAUCCGGCCCAGAGUGUGAGCCUUGAGGUCUUCGCAAUUGCUUACCACGUUGUCGCGUACAACCACGAUCUGGACCUGAAGGCCAGUGUGUCCGCAAGCAUGGAGAAGAUGAGCGAGCAGCGUCGUCUCUUCAAGGAGGACCAGCAGCGAAAGAAGGCGGCAGCAAAUGCAGCGGCAGCGGUUCACAUGGGACAGUUUGCCGCUGUGAUGGCGCUGGUCACUUUCUCGUUCCUGUGGAUGUGCUACAGGUGUACAGCAGAGCUUGUCGUGCUCUCAGCCAUUGCAGGCGCCGUCGGAAACGUCGGAGAUCUGACUGCAUGGCCUAUAGCACUUCAGCAUCCAAGCAGAUAUGCAGCUGCUAUUCAAAUUGGUGGAUCGUUCAGCGGUGUGCUGCCCAACUUGAUCGAGGUGGUUGUCGGCCGGUUUGGCAUCGUGCCUUAUUUCGCUGUCACCAUUGUCUUGCAGAUUGGGCUGUGGGCCAUCGUCAGUGCCAAAGACGUGGCCGGCAUGUUUUCAUGCAGCUCGUUUCUAUUCGCAGAGAAGGCCAAAUGCAACUGUGCUGGUUGCGACGGCUGUACCUUGUUUUCAACUGGCCAAAGUGCCGGCGGUACGAACGGUGGAACGCACCGAGCGGUGAUGCCUCUGAACCCUCCGGUCGAGGACAACUCGUCGACAGGCAUAAAACGUGCCGCGGAGGGAGUGGGUGAAAUAGCCCAGAGGUCUGCGGAAGGAAUCUGCGAUGCUCUUCAAGGAUUUUACAACGCCCUUCAAGGCGAUCAAGAUGCAUACGCAGAUGGCCGCCAAGUUGUUUUCUUCUACACCAGCUGCUCCUUCGUGUCUAGGGCAAUGUGCUACAGUAUCCCCUCUCUCUUGCCUUUCAUUGCCAAUCCUUUUGGUCUUCAGAAGCAACAGUUGUACGAGAGUAUGAAUACCAUGUACAAUCUUGGCAAUGUUAUUGGUCGUCUGUUAUGCCAGUGGUACAAGCCGCAUUGCUUUGGUCUGGCUUGCAGCUUUGUCUCGGUCUUCGUGACCUUUGUUUGCCUUGUGCUAUGUUCAGUGUUUCCAUACUAUGUGGCCAGCAUGCUACCAGCGGUUGUGGCUAUGUGGGUCAUACCGAUCACCGUAGGCGUGUUCAACUUCUCUGUCGGCCUCAUGUCGACUGGCCUGUUUGUGCGCGCCCACGAGGAUGCGCAGAACAAGAAGUGUCCAGACACCAUCCAAGCAACCAUGGGUUUUUAUGGCCAGAUAGGCUGCGUCAGUGGCAACUUUCUGAUAUUCAUGGUGAUCAAUGUUUUCCAUCUGCUUUAA